GGGCUUCUGGGUCACUCUCUGAGGAUGGCUUUGAGAGGAAACCCACACACGUUGUUUUUUUUUUUCCUGACCCCAGGGGACAUGGUCCAUCUAUCUGGCAGACAAAAUUUGUGGACAGUUUUUUCAUCUUUCACUGUUCUUGUGUUUUUAUGAAGAGACUAGAAACCAAUGAAAGAGGCUGCCUAGGAGAGGAGGGAGGAUUGCUCCAAGACCGUCUGUAGACCUGGCAAGAUAUUCCAGGACCUACCAGAACAAAAUGGAAGGGCUUCGGAAGGCUGGAGAAGGUACCUUCCCCGCAGGUUGCGGAGAAGAUGUCUUAACUCCAGGAUCACCACUGUUGAGGAUUAUCCUGGUGGGCAAAACAGGCUGCGGGAAAAGCGCCACAGGGAACAGCAUCCUCUGCCAGCCAGUGUUUGGGUCCAGGCUGGCGGCCCAGCCGGUGACCAAGACGUGCCAGGCGGAGACAGGCACAUGGAACGGGAGGAACAUCCUGGUGGUCGAUACACCCUCCAUCUUUGAGGCCAAGGCCCAGGCCCAAGAGAUGUACAAGGACAUCGGGGACUGCUACCUGCUCUCUGCCCCAGGGCCCAACGUGCUGCUCCUGGUGACCCAGCUGGGGCGUUUCACGGCCCAGGACACGGUGGCCGUGAGGAGGGUGAAGGAGGUCUUUGGGGCAGGGGCCAUGAGACACAUGGUCAUCCUCUUCACCCACAAGGAGGACUUAGGGAGCGGGGCCUUGAGCGAUUAUGUAGCCAACACGGACAACCCCGGCCUGCAGGGGCUGGUGCGGGAGUGUGGGAGGAGGUACUGCGCCUUCAACAACCGGGCCACUGGCAAGGAGCAGGGGCGGCAGCUGGCGGAGCUCAUGGCUGUGGUGGAGAGGCUGGAGAGGGAGUGCGAGGGCUCCUUCUACACCAACGACCUCUUCCUCGAUGCCCAGAUGCUCCAGCGAGGCAGGGCUGGUGCCAGCCACGAAGACCACGAAGACUACAGGCAGUACCUGGCCAAGGUGAAACAGCAGGUGGAAAAGCAGGAGCGAGAGCUGAGAGAGGGGGAGAGGAACUGGGCGUGCAAGGCGCUCCUCAGGGUCGAACACUGGAUGGCUGCACAUUGUGAGAUUUGUGUUGUUGUUGUUUGGUGUAGCUUACUUUUUCUCCUUAUUUUCCUAAUCAUCUUUUACCAUCUUUGAUUCUUUGGAUUUUAGAGCAUUUCUAAAGUAUCGCCUCCUGGAUUCAUUGUUCUAAGCACUAUCCAUUCAGAAACGGACUCUUGGGGUCUGUAGAGGACACUGCUUGUUUUCUGUGCAGCUUCUUCCUGACAGAAUCCGGUUGGGUUCUGGCCUCCAGCCCUCCCACGUGGAGCCGUGUGCCUCAGCUCCAGGAGCCUGACCUGUUCUCUUUGCCUGUGACGGGUUCAGGCCAGGCCUGACCAGUGCAGCCCAGUAAGAAGAGAGUAAAAGUCUGCGGAGGUGUCUCCUUUCCUGGGGGAGACCCAAGAAAGAGACAGUCUCUCUUCUUCUGCUGGGCACUGCUGGGUCUGGGCGUGAUGCUUGGAACUUCAGCAGUGAUCGUGCCGCCAACCUGAGGUUGAAGGCAGCACUGCAAAGAGGAACCGAGAGAUGGAACAAGCUGGAGCCCUGAAAUCCCCCAGCCCUGAAUCCCACCCUUUCUCUGCAUUUCCAGUCAUGGUAGCCAACAAAUUUCCUAAUUGUUUAAGCUAUUUGAGUUUCAGGUCUCUUACCUGCAUUUGAAAACAUCUGCACUAUUCCUUUCUUAUCCUGUAAAUCUAUCAGAACUUCCCUUGCUCAUGCUUCCUUCCAUGUGCCCAGGAUAAAUGAAUAGGUUUGUCUUUUCUUGUUCCUGGAAUUAGAAAGCUCUCCCUCUCCUACUAAAGUGCUUGCUGCAUAGUAGACAUUUGCUCGACUAUAAAUAAAGCUA